GAUCACUGCUUUGGCGUCUGUCAUUGAGGAUGAAGGUGCUGCUGCUGCUGUUCGUUGCUGCGGUGUUGGCUGUGGCCAACAGUAAAGAGGUUUGGGAUGAGUUUGAAGAAUGGAAAAAGGCAUUUGGGAAGACCUAUGAGCCUCAUGAGGAAAGCAGGUACUAUCAGAACUUUCAGAGGAACCAUGCAAGAGUUAAGGCCUACUUACUUUCGGCUAAGCUUGGUGUCACCUCCUUCACCGCUGGCUUGACCAUAUUUGCUGAUCAGGACUUAGACUUGUGGCAGAAUACCAGCACCUGCUUGAUAGAUGUGGACCUUUCUGUGCCUCAACCUGGUUCCAGCUUCAUCCACUGGCCUUCAUGGCUUUCUGUUCCUGCUUCCAUAGACUGGAGGGAUCGUGGCUAUGUCACUGGAGUCAAGUCUCAGACACCUCAAUGUGGAGCCUGCUGGGCCUUCAGCGCUGCUGGAGCACUGGAGGGGCAGUACUUUGCAAAGGCUGGUCAGUUAGUUUCUCUGAGCGCGCAGCAGCUGGUGGACUGCUCUCAGGCUUAUGGAAACAAUGGCUGUCGUGGUGGUCUGCCAACGAACGCUUUCAACUACGUGAAAGCGUUCGGGAUAGAAUCGGACACCGCAUACCCUUACAACGCUCAGGACAACCCUUGCAAAUUUGACCCGGGAGAAGUGGUUGCAAUAUGUACUGGUAUAGUUCCUCUCCCACGAGGGAGCGAAGUGGACUUGAUGAAUGCUGUAGGCGUGGUCGGACCUGUGUCAGCAGGGAUGGAUGCUUCACACCCCUCCUUUCAGCUCUACGUAGCAGGCGUGUACGAUGAGCCAAACUGUAGUAGCACAAGACUGACCCAUGAUGUCCUGAUCGUGGGCUACGGAAAUUACCGGGGGCAAGACUACUGGCUGUUGAAGAACAGCUACGGUGUCAAAUGGGGAAUAAAUGGCUACAUGAUGCUGAGCAGGAACAAAAACAACCACUGUGGCAUUGCUAGUUUAGCAAGCUAUCCCCAGGUCAAGAAAAAGCCAAGCCUUCACUCUUCUCCGACCAUCUGAUGCACAAAUAACCGGGAUUUGAAAAUCAUCUUUGACACCUCCAGCCUCUUCGCUAGGUGUGAAAUUCACUUCUCUCUAAAAAUCACCAGAGAUUGCAAUGUAUUGACUCAAUAACCAAUGAUGAAAUGACAUUCACAUGAAUGUACAAUGAUUUG